AUGGCGCAAAGAGCUCAGCAGAUUGCGUCGCAUCUUAACUAUCCUCGUGGUCUCCUGGACGGCCAGGUCGCCAUUAUCACAGGCUCUGGCCAGGGUAUCGGCGCCGAAUGCGCCCGGCUCUUCGCAAAUGAAGGCGCCAAAGUGGUAAUCUGCGACGUUGACGCCUCGAAGUCCGAAGCCGUUGCAAAGUCCAUCAACGAUGCCACUCCCGGCACCGAGAGGGCAAUCUCUGUCCCUGGCGACGUUACGGAUCCCGCAUACUUCCCCAUCCUCGUCCAGAAGGCCGCGCAGUUUGGCAAUGGAAAAAUCCACAUAAUAGUAAACAACGCCGGGUAUACGUGGGACGGCGUCAUUCACAAGAUUACGGAUAAACAGUGGGAUACCAUCCUCGCUGUACACAACACAGCACCGUUCAGGUUGGUUCGGGAGGCGAGCAAGUAUUUUAGAGUCAAGGAUGGAGAGAGGAGAGUCAUUAUCAACAUCUCAAGUACGAGCGGGACACACGGGAAUGCGGGACAGGCAAACUAUAGUCUGGCAAAGGCCGGGGUGUUGGGACUGACGAAGACAAUCGCGAAGGAAUGGGGUCCGCAGUUCGGCGUGCGUGCCAACACGAUUGCCUUCGGCCACAUCGAUACCCGCCUGACUCGCGCUAAAGAGGCAGGUGCGUUCAUCACAACGGCCGACGGUCAGCGUGUUGCUUUGGGUAUCCCAGGGAAGCAAAUUUCUGAGCGAAAAGGAGAUGACGCGGCUGCAUAUAAGGAUAUCCCGCUUGGACGACCUGGCACGGCAACCGAGGCCGCUAGCUCCAUCCUGGCUGUUGUGUCGCCUCUGUUUAGCUAUGUGAACGGGCAGACCAUCGAGGUGACGGGAGGAAGGAAUAUGUAA